AUGGAUUACUCUCUGGGUCCUGAACCUGACUGUCUCAUUCUGGAGGCUUCCAGACAGCCACGGUUAGCGCCCAAACCUGAGAGGAUGGCUUCAGAUGGAACAUCUCCGUUGCCGGGACCGGAUGUGACCAUGAAACCUGGCGCCACCCGGUCUCCUUUCACUGCACUUCCCUUUCCCCCACCAGCUGCUGGCCCACCAGACCAACCACCUUGGGAGCCACCUCCACAGCCCCCCAUGCCUUCAGCUUUCUCUCCAGGCAACCCUCUGGUGCUUUCUGCUUUCCCCAGCCCAUUGUUGCUGACAGGGGAUGGGGGCCCUGGACCCAGUGGGGUUGGAGCUGGCAAAGUCAUUGUCAAAGUCAAGACAGAAGAGGCACCAGCUGAGCCCUCUCAAACUCAGAACUUUAUCGUUGCUCAGACCGCCCUCAAUUGGAUUGCCUCAGAUGCUGCCUGUGGGGGCCCCGAGGGUCUUCCCCCUCAAUUCAUGACAGCCUCUAACGUGAGGACCCUUUUGCCCAGUAAGCCUGUUGGGGUGAGCCAGGAGGGCCUCCUAGGCCUUCCUGCUCAGGCUCCACCAACAGCUGCCCAACUGGCCCCCAUUGUGCCCCAGGAAAAGGCUUGGCCAGGGCCACUUGGGGCAUCCGGGGAAGGAGGUCCUGCGGCUGCUCGAUCCAAGUCCUCGCUGGGUGACCUCUCCUAUACCUCCAAGGGUGUUUAUGAGAACUUCCGACGCUGGCAGCGCUACAAAGCCUUGGCCCGGAGGCACUUAUCCCAAAGUCCUGAUGCAGAAGCCCUUUCCUGCUUUCUUAUCCCAGUGCUUCGUUCCCUGGCCCGGCUGAAGCCCACUAUGACCUUGGAGGAGGGACUGCCAAGGGCUGUGCAGGAGUGGGAGCGCACCAGCAACUUUGACCGGAUGAUCUUUUAUGAGAUGGCAGAAAAGUUCAUGGAGUUUGAGGCUGAGGAGAUGCAGAUUCAGAACAUGCAGCUGAUGAAUGGGUCCCAGGGCCUGCCUCCUGUAGCCCCUCUGAAACUUGAUCCUCCAGAGCCCCUGGCCCCUGAGGUUUGCCAGCAGCCAGUGUACAUUCCCAAGAAGGCGGCCUCCAAGGCACGGGCCCCUCGCCGGCGACAGCGCAAAACCCAGAGGCCUCUAGUUCCCGAGGCACCCAAGGAGAUCCCACCAGAAGCUGUGAAAGAGUAUGCUGACAUCAUGGAAGGGCUGGUGGGGAGCCACUUGGCCACUGAGGAGUCAGAUGGGAAACAGGAAGAGGAAGAACAGCAGGAGGAGGAAGGGAUGUAUCCAGAUCCCGGGCUCCUGAGCUACAUGGAUGAGCUGUGUUCUCAGGAGGUCUUUGUCUCCAAGGUGGAGGCUGUCAUUCACCCUCAAUUUCUGGCAGAUCUGCUGUCCCCAGAACAGCAAAGGGAUCCCUUGGCCUUAAUUGAGGAGCUGGAGCAAGAAGAAGGACUCAAUCUUGCCCAGCUGGUCCAGAAGCGACUCCUGGCCUUGGAAGAGGAGGAUGCGGAGGCACCUCCAAGUUGCAAUGGAGCUCAAUCAGACUCAAGUUUUUCUGUUUCUGAUGAAGACGAAGAUGGGAGUGGGCGGCUUCGGCCCUCACCUGGGCCUCGGGUAGCUGGAGGCACCAUUCGCCUUGGAAAGGCUGCUUCUCCAGGAAAGCGGGCAAGAGAAGUGCAUGGUGGGCAGGACUGGGCCCUAGAUGGCCCGAGGGGGAUGCAUAGGGAUGGGAACACUUUGCCACCCUCCAGCAGCUGGGACCUGCAGCUAGAACUUGCAGCUCCACAGGGAACUCGAGGACCCUUAGCUACAGAGAGAAGAGGGUCUGGGAAGGUUACAAACCAGAUAUCCCCAUAUCAGGAUGACCACUUGGGAGGUGCUGGGUCCCCUGGGCACUCCCUGGUGGCUGACAGGACUUCCAAGUCUCUGCCCAUUUGCUGGCAGGAUGGCCCCCAGCUCGAGAUCGUUCCCAGUUCGGAUGCUGGCCUUGCACAGCUGGCUCCUCUGCAGGGACAGGGGUUAGAAAAAAAGGUUGUGGGUUUGCAGACAGGACAACAGACGGGGAGUCUUGCAGCGCUUCCUCAAGGGAAGGAGCUGUUGGCAGUGCCUCAGGAAGGCUCUUCAGGAGCCAUGUGGGACGAUGACACAGGUCCUCCCCUGGUUCAGACUUAUGAGCAGAGCCCUUCCUGUAGAGCAACUGGGGACAGGGACAGGGACACUGACAGGGAUGGGGCCUCUCUCAGUCCAGGACUUUGGCUGAGCAGUGAGAUGGAUGCUGUAGUCUUGGCGUUGCCCUUACAAAUCGAGGAGGUCAUAGAGAACUUCCACAAUGGGGAAUGUGGAACUGGGGAAUGCAGAACUGAGCACCAGGGAGGCUCUCAGGCCCUGGGCUCCAGAAACAAGAUUUCUCUGGGUCCUGGAGAAACCACAGCACUUGGGGAUGUGGGAAGCAGUGAAAUUCCCUGUGCAGGCACAGACGCCACAACUGCCCUAGAAAAGAGAAACCACUGCAACUUGCCAGAACCUCUGAGGGCCAAUAGCCCGGCCUUGAAUCCUAUAGAAAAUAGACAGCAGAGCCCUGAGGCUGUACAGGAUCCCAGUAAUCUGCGAGCAGAAGGUUGCCCCCCAUUGCUGGAAACCAGAAUUGGUGCCUCCACGCUAGGGGCUUCCCAAGAAACCCUCCUGCCUGCAUGUCAAGACAAUAUCCUUACCCAGGAUGCCUCCUCUUUCUCUGAGGCCAGUCAAGAGGCAGGGAGCAGAGGCAAUUCCAUCUCUCCUCUGUUGGAAACUACAGAAAAUGUCAACAUACUAGAUGUUACAGAUGCCUGUGGGCCCCAGCUAGGAGUCAGUGAGGAUACCUGCCCACCAAAUUUUAAUUCUUAUGAUCCCCAAGGAGAGGGCAGAGAGGAUACUGAUUUAGCCAAGCAUAAAGACUUUGCCCCUUCACCAGGGAAUCAAGAGUCUUACGCACAUGGGACCCCCAAAUCAACAUCUCCUCACCAGGGCCUUGGAAGCACUUCCCCUAGAUGGGGAACCAGGGAUGCCUUAACUCUCAGAGAAGCCUCUCCUGUUAAUGAAACAUGCAGGUCAGCAGAUGGGGCCAAAGGAAAGGAAGAGGAGGAGGAAGAGGAGGAAGAUGAGGAACUCUCCAACUUUGCCUACCUCUUGGCCUCCAAACUUAGCCUCUCAUCAAGGGGGCUUCCCCUCAGUCCUCGUCCCCCCUCAGGUCUGCCCUCCACAGGUCGGGGGGUCCAGAGAGCAUCCCACUCCCUCUCUGCUGAGGCAAGAGGCCUUGGCCAACCUCGGUAUCCUGUUGCCAAGUCUGGGAAGCGAGCUCUAGUUGGAGGUCCAGCCCCUGCUGAAAAGAGACCCUACCUGGGAGCUGAACUCGGGGUAUCUGGGGAGAAACCCCUGGCUCUAGGAGUGGUUCGACCCUCACAGCCUCGUAAAAGAAGGCGUGACGGUUUCGUCACUGGUAGAAGGAAGAAACGUCGUCGUAGCCAGUAGGAAAUAUGGGGCCAUCCUAUCCCACCUCCCGAUCCCUGAAGUUGGGGCCCCCAAGUAGAUUUCACCCCAGCUGUACACCAAUAGACUUGUUCUCAGUCUUAUGUUGUUUUGCUGUUCUGCCAAAGUGGCAAGCAU